AUGGAAGCGCUCGUAUGCAGAAAAUUGGGCGACCCAACGGCCCCCCUGGAAGCCGAUAACAGCUCAAUCUUCGUAUCCAUUCUCGGCAAGUAUCAGGAGAAACCACCUUUGCCAUUCAUUCCUGGAUCCGAUUUUUCAGGCAUCGUUGAUUCCGUUGGCCCCAAAGUUACCAAUUUCCGUGUUGGAGAUCCUGUUUGUUCCGUCGCCGCUCUUGGAUCGUACGCUCAGUAUAUAGUUGUUGAUCAGAACGACUUGUUUCGCGUGCCGGAAGGUUGUGAUUUGGUUGCUGCUGGAGCACUUGCUGUGGCAUUUGGGACUUCUCAUGUUGCGCUAUCUCAUAGAGCUCAGUUGAAGUCUGGUCAGGUAUUGUUGGUUUUGGGUGCAGCAGGAGGUGUGGGUCUUGCAGCUGUGCAAAUUGGGAAAGCAUGUGGAGCCGUUGUCAUUGCUGUUGCUAGGGGAGAUGAAAAGGUGCAGCUCUUGAAAUCACUUGGUGUUGAUCAUGUGGUGGAUUUGGGUCAUGAAAAUGUCAUUGAGAGUGUCAAAGAGUUCCUCAAGGUCAGAAGGCUUAAAGGGGUUGAUGUCCUGUAUGACCCAGUUGGAGGCAAGCUUACCAAAGAAUCUUUGAAGGUUCUGAAAUGGGGAGCUCACAUUCUAAUAAUUGGGUUUGCAAGUGGAGAAAUUCCUGUCAUCCCUGCUAACAUAGCUCUUGUUAAGAAUUGGACAGUACACGGGCUUUAUUGGGGUAGUUAUAAAAUACACCGCCCAGCUGUUCUUGAAGAUUCUAUCAAGGAGCUACUGUCUUGGUUGGCAAAAGGCUUGAUUUCCAUUCACAUUUCUCAUUCUUACAGCUUGUCAGAGGCCAACCUUGCCUUCUCAGCCAUCAAAGAAAGGAAAGUUAUCGGGAAAGUGAUGCUUGUAUUUGAUGAGAAAACUACAAGAUCUAAGCUAUGA